GACUACGCGGUGACGAGAUCUCGUUGCGUUUUUCCUCACCGCCUGUUUAGUAUCUGCUUCGUUCUCGCUGAGCUCCCUCGCGCAUGGAGAGCUCCGCCCUUUCCCGCCCCAUCUGCUCCCCUCUCUCCAUCCGCUCCACUCCCAUCCUUCGCCACCGCCCCGUAUCCGCUCUCCGAUCCACCCCGCUUCCCUCCGCGGCGGCCCUCUCCUUCAUCGUCCGUCCCCUCUCACCCAAUCCCCUCCGCCUCCGCCCUGUAAAACGCUGCCAUUCCCCCAUUCGAGCGUCCUCCUCGCCUUCUAGCGCUGCCCUAAAUCCGGCAGCUUCUCCGUCGGCGUCGCCGCAGCCAACUCAGGGGGCGAAGCCCGUCCCCUUCGCGAUCUCCGUUGCCAUUGGUCUUGCCGUGCGGUUCCUCGUCCCGAGACCCGUCGAUGUUACGCCGCAGGCGUGGCAGCUCCUGGCCAUCUUCCUGUCAACCAUCGCCGGCCUGGUGCUCAGUCCUCUAUCGGUUGGUGCCUGGGCCUUCAUCGGUCUCACCGCCUCGAUAAUCACCAAGACCCUAACCUUCUCGGCGGCCUUCGGGGCGUUCACGAAUGAGGUGAUCUGGUUAAUCGUGAUCUCUUUCUUCUUCGCAAGGGGUUUUGUCAAGACCGGCCUCGGAGAUCGGAUUGCGACGUACUUUGUUAAAUGGCUAGGGAGAAGUACACUGGGGCUGUCGUAUGGGCUUACCAUCAGCGAGGCUUUCAUUGCCCCCGCAAUGCCCAGCACCACUGCGAGAGCCGGCGGGGUUUUCUUGCCUAUCAUCAAGUCCUUGUCCCUCCAAUCCGGGAGUAAACCCGGGGAUCAAUCGGCUGGAAAGCUGGGGUCCUACCUAAUCAUGUCACAGCUCCAGUCAGCUGGUAACUCAAGUGCCCUCUUCCUAACUGCUGCAGCUCAAAAUCUGUUGUGUCUUAAAUUAGCUGAGGAACUUGGCGUUAGGAUUUCUAGUCCAUGGGUGUCAUGGUUUAAAGCUGCAAGCUUACCUGCUAUUGUUUCUCUUCUAGCUACUCCCGUUAUCCUAUAUAAACUUUUUCCCCCACAAGUAAAGGAUACACCAGAUGCACCGGCUUUGGCCACAAAAAAGCUGGAACAAAUGGGACCUGUCACAACAAAUGAAUGGGUGAUGGUCGUUACCAUGGUUCUUGCAGUUUCAUUGUGGGUCUUUGGAGAUGCCCUCGGAAUACCAAGUGUUGUUGCAGCAAUGCUUGGACUAUCCAUCCUUUUGCUAUUGGGUGUGCUGAAUUGGGAUGACUGCUUAAGUGAAAAGUCUGCAUGGGACACCUUGGCUUGGUUUGCAGUUCUAGUUGGAAUGGCAGGUCAGCUGACCAAUCUGGGGAUAGUGACAUGGAUGUCCAACUGUGUGGCCAAGUUACUUCAGUCUUUCUCACUGAGCUGGCCUGCAGCUCUCUGUGUUCUUCAAGCAUCCUACUUCUUGAUCCAUUACUUAUUUGCAAGUCAGACCGGUCAUGUAGGAGCCCUAUACUCUGCAUUUCUUGCCAUGCAUUUGGCAGCUGGUGUUCCUGGUGUGUUGGCAGCACUUGCUUUGGCAUACAAUACAAAUCUUUUUGGUGCAUUGACACAUUAUAGCAGUGGUCAGGCUGCUGUCUACUAUGGAGCGGGUUACGUUGAGCUUCCCGACGUAUUCAGGCUGGGCUUCAUUGUAGCUUUGAUCAAUGCCCUCAUGUGGGGAGUUGUUGGUACCUUCUGGUGGAAGUUUUUAAGACUUUACUGAGGCUGGUAGGCUGCAAGUCAAGAAAGCGUUUCCUGUUGCACCAAGCAUAGACAUCUCACCUUGUCUUAAAUUGUUCUGGAGAAGCUUUUUUCAUUCUUUCUUAUUGGCCUUUCUGGUCCCAAAAUUUUGAUAAUUGAAAGGAUCUCACAACUUCUUUGCACUUUUAGGCAUUUUAAUGUUUCUGUCAUAUCCCCAUAUCACAAACUAUCCGUGAAGUUGUAAGUCACUGCUGAAAUUGAAGUCAAUGUCCAACUAUGUCUUUAUCGGUAUAUGAUGGAACGUUUAUUUUUCAGCAA